AAUUACACGACACGACAUGGAACGUGGCACGAUAUAGGCCGAAAUGCCCUGGCGAGCUCAACGGCGCGAUGGAGUUGCCUGCCGCAGCGCAGCCAUCGCGACCUUUGCCGGGUUCAUGAUAGCCAGGGCCACGACGUCUGCAACAGAGCUAGCGCUAAGCCCGUUUUCGACGGUCGUAAAGUCGAACCUGUGGCGCUAAGGCUAAACGCUAGACUAGGUAGCGGGGGGGGCGGCUUGUUGGGCGAUUGCACAAGAAAAAAGAAAAAGGCCGGGCUUGGCCAAGGCGAG